UUUUUGUGGAACCCUUCUAUUUCUCUCUCUAUAUCUCUCCUUCAUAUAAAACCACCUUAGCCAUUCUUCAUUUCAUCCAAACUUUUUCUCUCUUCUCUUCUCCUUCACCCCCAUUUUACUUGUUCCUGGAAGAACAAGAAACCAUGACUCUCAAGAAAACAGCAAUAUCAUUCUUGCCAAAUUGUUUCAAGAUUCAAGCAUCAAUUCGUCCAUUGAAUAAACCCAAAAAGAAAUCUGCUAUUGCAUCUCAUAACUCUUUCCCCAGGAUCUCUUUUACGGAUUUAAGCAGCUCUACGAUCUCUGAGGAUAUAUCAAAUUCACUCGCUGGUUCUAAUCUCCAUGUGUUCACCCUAGCGGAGCUUAAGCUAAUCACACAGUCGUUUUCUUCAUCGAAUUUCUUGGGUGAAGGUGGGUUCGGACCAGUUCAUAAAGGGUUCAUUGAUGAUAAACUUCGACAUGGUUUGAAGGCUCAGCCUGUGGCUGUUAAGCUCCUUGACUUGGAAGGGUUACAAGGCCAUAGAGAAUGGCUGACGGAAGUGACAUUUCUUGGAGAAUUGAGACACCCGCAUUUGGUGAAGUUGAUAGGAUUCUGCUGCGAAGAUGAACACAGGCUACUUGUCUACGAGUACAUGCCACGAGGCAGUUUAGAGAAUCAACUCUUUCGAAGGUAUUCAGUGUCACUCUCUUGGUCGAUAAGAAUGAAAAUCGCAUUAGGCGCCGCGAAAGGGCUUGCGUUUCUUCACGAAGCGAAAAAGCCUGUUAUAUAUCGUGAUUUCAAAGCAUCAAAUAUAUUAUUAGAUUCUGAUUAUACGGCUAAACUUUCGGACUUUGGACUUGCAAAAGAUGGCCCGGAGGGAGACGAAACACACGUUUCUACUCGAGUUAUGGGUACACACGGCUAUGCUGCCCCCGAAUACCUCAUGACAGGUCAUUUAACUGCAGCGAGUGAUGUUUAUAGCUUUGGAGUUGUACUGUUGGAGCUUCUGACAGGUCGGAAAUCAAUGGACAAGAGUCGUCCAAACCGUGAGCAAAACCUAGCCGAUUGGGCUAGGCCUCAACUCAAGUGUCAUCGGAAACUCAACCGAAUAAUAGACCCGAGACUCGAAGGGCAAUACUCGGAAUUCGGAUUAGAAAAGGCAGCGGAAUUGGCUUAUCAAUGUCUUAGCCAUAGGCCUAAAGCAAGGCCAAAUAUGAGCACGAUUGUUAAAACUCUCGAGCCAUUAGUGGACUUCAACGAUGUACAAAUUGGACCCUUUGUGUACACUGCUCCAAAAGAAGAGAAAAAGGAAAGUAAAAAAGAUGUGAAUGGACAUCAUCAUAGCCAUAAUUAUGAAAGAAACAGGACGAAAUCGCCCUUGUCUCCGCAUGUAGUUCAUUCGGACCCAAAUAUACAUCAUCGGAGUGUCGGGUUGUGGCCGAGUUCUCCAAUGCAACAACAAAGAUUAAAAAGAGGAUAGAUGAUGGAUUUGGAAAUAGGACAAAUUAUUUUAGCUUAUUUAAGUAGCUCAUGGCUCCCAUAGUAUAAUUUCAAGACCUUGAAUAUGAAUUUGAAUCGAGCAUAUGAAUAAUGUUCAAAAAUCAUGGGACAUACAUCAAAAAGCGGAUGACGUCAAAAGCUACGUUUUUGGUGGGUAUAGGAGAUACGUAAUUGUGUAGAUUAGAAAUUUUCUUGAUUGUGUGGGUUGAAUCAUCAA